AUGGCAAAUCCAGACAUUGCCUACCUCUUAAGUCUCGAAGCUGUGCGAGAGCGCGCCAAAACGGUUCUUCGCGCGGCCGAAGCAGGAAGCUUGAAUAAUUUUGAUUAUCAUAAGAAUCGCAUGCCAGAAGCUGCCGACUUUGUAGUUGGAAUCAUCCAGCGCGAUUUUGGCCCUGACCGAUUCAACGAAAUCCCCCCUCACGGCCGCUGGCAACACUUUGACGUUGGCGGUGUUGCACGCAUCGUGCCACUCCUGGAAGAAUGGACUGCGCAAGAAGGAAUUGACAAUCUCGAGGCCACCCGCCGCCUUAUUGAUUUGUUUGUUGUCUCGGUGUUGCUCGAUGCAGGCGCGGGCGACGUUUGGACCUUUAAUGAGCCCGAGACCGGUAACGUAUACAAUCGCAGCGAAGGUAUCGCGGUUGCUUCGCUCUACAUGGUAUUAUCAGGAGCCUUGAAUAGCUCCGGUACUUCGGAGCCAACGGUAGACGCCUCUGGUCUCAUCGAAUUCACUGACGAGAGUUUUAUCAAAUUCUUUCAGGUCACUGAAGAGAAUCCUAUAAUUGGGGUCUCCUCGCGCGUCGGACUGCUGAACAACGUUGGCAGGUCGCUCAAACAAUUAUCAGAGGUUGUUGGGCCAACCGGUAGACCUGGUAACAUUGUCGACUAUCUCGUCGCUGCGUCAGAAGACAAUAUUCUAGACUACAAACUGAUGUGGUCAGUCCUGCAGAGAAUUCUAAUACCAUCUUGGCCUGCAGAUCGUCCGAUCAUCCAGGGCCAACCGGUUGGCGAUGCAUGGCCACUACAAGUGCUUUCUCAAGCAAUUACAACAGGCAGCUCAAUUACAACGUCUACAGCAGGUUCAAUACAGCCAUUUCACAAGCUGACGCAGUGGCUUGGAUAUUCCAUUAUCGUACCGUUUGUGCGUAUUCUCGGAAUGAAGGUUACCAACGAGGAGUUAGGCACUGGUCUCCCUGAGUAUCGCAAUGGCGGUCUAUUUAUUGAUCUCGGGAUUCUCAGCCUCAAGCCCGAAAUCGAGCAACAGCACACUGCCGCCGGUGAAGAUCUUCCUAGACUGCCUCCCACGGCAGAUGCAAUUGUAGAGUGGCGCGCCAUGACGGUGGCUUUGCUAGACGAACUGUUUGUGCUGGUCUCGAGCAAGUUUGCUGAGCAAGGAACGAAGCUGAGUAUGGCUCAGAUGUUGGAGGCUGGGACUUGGAAAGGAGGGCGAGAGCUGGCAGCGAAGCUGCGCCCAGAAACAAAGUCGAGCCCGAUUAUCCUUGACGGCGAUGGGACCUUGUUCUAG